AUAAUCCUUGAGGUAAAAAAAUGGCGGCACCUAAYAAAAUCACAGAUUCUCGAACAGAAUUGGCCGAAUUGAUAAAAAAACGAGCAGAAAUUGCCGAAAGCCUAGCAAAUCUUGAAAGACAAAUUUAUGCUUUUGAAGGAAGUUACCUGGAGGACACCCAGUUAUAUGGAAACAUUAUUCGCGGUUGGGAUAGAUUAUUAAGUAACAAAACUACUAACACCAAAGUUGAAAGAAGAAACCGGAAGUUUAAGGAUGCGGAAAGACUUUUUUCCAAGUCCUCCAUCACAUCACAUGCGGCCAUAGCUGCUGGUGGGGGACUUGCAGAGCCUCAAUCUGAAAAAAAAGAAUCMAUUGAAUCUGAUGUAAACAAUCAUCUUCAUGCGAGUGAAAAUCAUCACCAYGUAUCACACUUGGGCAAAGUACAUAAAGCUUCACACAAGAAGAGAAAACACAAGCGUCAAAGAAUUGAAUUAAGAGUAAAGAAGGCUGGGCAUAGAUCAAGAGAGCCAAGUAUAGGAGAUCUUGAGGAUGAUCAAGAUGACUGAAUAAACAAUUGUAUAUAACACCAAAUGUAAAUAUUCUUAUAACAACUGCAAAGAAAAAAAACAAUGGAACCUCUACCUUCCCAAAUAGAAACAGCAGCAGCAACAACAACAACAGUGGCAACCACGACAACUUAACAGAAACAGCUACAACAACACAACAGCAACAAUAUUGGCAACCACAACAACUUAACAGAAACAGCAGCAACAAUUGCAACAGAAACAGCUACCACAACAACAACAACAACAACAACACCAGUGGCAUCCACAACAACUGAAC